UUAUUUAUUAUAUCUAUUUAAUAAAAAUAAUCACAUUUAUUUUGUUUUACAUCUCUUAUUUAAAAAUGAUAUAUUAUUACAAAGAAAUAUAAAUAUGUCCUAUAAAAAUAAUAUAUAUAAUAAUAUAUAUAAUAUGUAUAAUAUUUCUAGUGUAUUGAAUUAUAAAAAUGACAUAUUGAAUAAUACUCACAAUUUAUAUAAUAUUUAUGAUUUGUUUGCUUUGUUUAUAUUUUAUGUUCAUAUUAAGAGAUUUUAUUUUGAUUUUUUUUUAUUAAUUCUUAAAAGGAUUAAUAAUAUAGAAAGAACAAAUGAACAUCAUAAUGUAGGUGAUAUGAACAAUAUGUGUGAUAUGAACAAUAUGUCUGAUAUAAACAAUAUAUAUCAUAUAAACAAUAUAUGUGAUGACACCAAUUCAUAUAAUCAACAUAUUUAUCAUAUAUCUCCAUAUAAUCAUCAUUAUAACAUCCACAAUGUGAAUCAUCAAUAUAUGAUAAAAUUUUUAAACGCUUGUAUGCAAUUAAAAAACAUUAUCUCCAAUAUUAUAAAUAUAAAUAAAACAAAAAAAGAAAAAAAAAUUACAAACCAUCAUAAUCAUAUCAGAACAUAUCGUAUUAAUUAUUUUCGCUUUAUUAAAAAUGCCAUAUUUAAAAAAUAUAAAAUUAUAAGUACGAAGGAAGAAAAAAAAAAAAAAAAAAAAAAAAAGGACGAACAAAUAUAUAUUAAGGCAUACAUCCAUAAUGGUGUCUAUAAAAAUAUUUAUAAGAACAUGUUGUGCCACAACAUAAAGGAAAAAAAAAAUAAUAAUAAUAUAAUUCAACUAUUUAAUAAUAAUAUAAUAAAGAAAAAAUAUUUUCAUUUUUUUUUUUUAAAAAAACAAAAAUACAAAAUUAUGACUUAUCAUAAAUUUAAAAAGAGAAAAGAUCUGAACACAUUAAUAAUGUGUGAUAAAUAUAUAAAUAAAUCUAUCCGAUUAUUUUUAAAUAAUUUUCAAGACACAUCUAUUUUUAUAAAGUAUAUGAAAAUAGUUAAAAAGGCAAACAUUAUUAAUUAUUCAUAUGAUGAUCAUAUUUUUAUUAAUUCAAUUAGGAAUUUUUUAAAAAAAAAAAGAAGUUAUUUCAAAGGACAGGAUUUGAUAUUUAUAUGCAAAUGGCAAACACAUAUGAAUAAUAUGAAUAAUAUGAAUAAUAUGAGUAAUAUGAAUAAUAUGAAUAAUAUGAAUAAUAUCAAUCAUGUCAAUCAUAUCAAUAAUAUGAAUAAUAUCCAUAGUGUGUAUAUUAAAACAAACAGUGUAGACCAUCAUAAUAUCAUAUCAUCCAUCUCACUCAUAAAAGAUGAUAUAUUUCAACAUAUUGAGGAUUACAAUUUUCAUCACAUAAAAGAUAUUAUCUAUAUAUGUUCAAAAAAUAAAUUGUAUGAAUAUAAAUUAUUCGAUAAAAUAAUAAACUAUAUAAUAAACAAUAUAAACAAUAUAAGUUCUAAACAUUUAGUCAGAAUUAUUAUUCUUAUGUAUAAUAAAUUAAAUUAUAAAAAUGAACUCAAAAAACUGUUAUUCAUUUUAUUAAAUAAUUAUAGACCAUCCUUAAAAAAAACAAAUAAAAGAAAUCAUAUAUCAAUAAAUAAUAUAUAUUUAGAAAAUAUUAAUAAAAAAUAUGUAAAAAAAAAUUUAUAUAUAUAUAAUAUAUGUAAAAAAAAUAAUGUUGAUAGUAUGAACAAACAUGAUGCUGUUAUAACAUCUAAUCAAAACAAUAUUCUUUUUAGAUCCUUUCAACAUGUAAAGGUACAUAAAUUAUUGUUAUUUAUUAAUAUCUUAAUAAAAAGUAAUAUAUAUAUAAAUUAUGAAUGGUCCUUUUAUUUUUUAUCAUUAAUAAAACAAAAAUAUAUUUUUAUAAAAAAAAAAGGUUUCUAUGUAUUAUGUUAUAUAUUAUUUCAUAUACAAAAUAAUAAUAAUAUAUGUAAAUCAUUUGAAGAUUUGUUUAAUCCUUAUAAUAUAUAUAAAAAAUUUACUUUAUCUCAAAUUUUAAAUACAUCAAAUAUAUAUUCUUUAAUAUAUGUGGCCUUUCUAUAUAAUAACACUUAUAAUACAACACAUUUUAUAAAAAUAUUUUUUACAGUCAUACAAAAAUUUUAUGAUACUUGUAUGACGACACAAACAAAGAGGAAGAAAAAUAAUUAUCAACACAUAUCAUGUAAUGAAUAUAUAAACAAGAAUUAUAAUUCAGAAUAUUAUAUACAAGAUGAUGACAACAAUAUAUUAUUUAAUUAUUCUUAUAAUGAACCAGACGAAAAGAACCAUUUUAUUGAUGACAAUAUAUUUAUACAUGAUUUAAAAUUUUAUGAAAGAAAUAUUAAUAAUAAAUAUCAAAAAAAAAAAGAUAAAAAAAAAAAACAUGCAUUCAAAAAUAAAAUCAAUUUAAUAGAUAUACCAUUAGUAUGUAAUAAUAUCAAAGACAAUUUUUCAUUAGAUCCAUAUGUUAAUAAUAUAAAAAAAUAUGAAACUACUUCUAAAGUUCUUCCAAAUUUAAUGUAUAUAAAUAAUUUACAAGAAUUUCAAAAUAAACAUAAAGAUUAUAAAUUACCACAUAUAUUAAAUAAUUCUAUUAUAUACACACAUAUGAAAAAUAAUACAAUUAUAAAUGAAGAAAAAAAUAAUAAUCAUAUUAACAAUCAUUAUUAUAAUCAUGAAGAAAAAGAAAUAAACAAGUCAUAUACAGAUCACAAAUUUGAAACUAUCAAUAAUUAUAAUAUAUAUAUAGAUGAUCUUUUUAAUCGUAUUCAUAAAUCACGUUUAAUACUUAUACUUAUAUAUCAUUUUUUAUUUAU